UGGAUAAUACCAAAAUUUUGUUUAUUCAUUCUCAUGGACUUUUGGGUUGGUUCCGCCUUUUGGCUAUUAUGAAUAAUGCUACCAUGAACCUUUCUGUCUAUGUUUUUGUGUUAACAAAUCUAUUCCUUACAACCUAGGAGUGGAAUUGCAAGGUCAUAUGGCAACUCUAUGUCUAACUUUUUGAGGAAGAGCCAAACUUUUCUGAUCAGCUCGUGCUUGGUUCUUGGAUUGGUUGGCAUCAAGAGUUGAACUCCCAUUCUUUGUGGUAAAAUGGAUUUGUCGUGGCUCAACCAGUUUGCAGUCCUCCUCUGGAAAAAUUUCAUACUAAAGAAGCGGAAAGUAGUUUCUUUAACUGUGGAAAUUUCCUUGACGUUUCUGUUCUCGGCACUGAUUUUGCUUCAUCGCAGAGACUUGGCAAAGGAUUAUCGAAAUGCCACUCUUUUCAAUCCUCUUCCUUUGAAGGAACUGCCCGGUUUCCUCACUGAUAGGAAGCAUGAAUAUAUACUGGUUUAUGUGCCUUCUGAAAGUGAUGUGGCAAAAAAUAUUACUGAGAUGGUGAAGAAUGACUUAAAUGCCCGUCUUAAAGUUCGAGGUUUUUCUUCGGAAGAAGAUUUUGAGAGGUACAUUAUGUUUGUAAAUAAGACCACUCGUGUGCUGGCUGCUAUUAUAUUUGAUCAUGACUUCCAAAAUAGCAAUGAGAGAUUGCCACUUAAGGUAAAAUAUCAUCUGCGUUUUAGUAGGUUCAGUAGUCCUUCAGAUAAGUUAAAUGGAAACAGGGGCUGGAAUACAGGUCUUCUCUUUCCGGUAGUACCUUCUCAAGGACCCAGGAACCUAGCUCAAACAGAUGGAGGAUAUCCUGCUACAUUGGCUGUUUCUGUUGGAGGUUUCCUCUAUUUUUUCACCUUCUUUCCAUUUUCAGUAGUUUCCAUCAUGUAUGAACAGUUGAACCUCACAGAGAAGCUGGUGUCCUGUCUCAGUUCAAAUAUUGCCGUAGCUUUGGGAAUUGAUUUUAUAAGCAAGAUGGAAAUGAAGCGUCGUGGUGUUAGGUGGAAUAACAUACUGUCACCAGUGAACCCAGAUGAUAACUUCGUUUUUGCUCAUAUUAUGGGAAUGCUUUUAUUUGAUGCUUUCUUGUAUGGCCUUCUGGCCUGGUAUAUAGAUGCUGUCUUUCCAGGAAAGUAUGGUGUGCCCAAGCCAUGGUAUUUCUUUAUGCAGAAAGCCUACUGGCUGGGAAAAGCUACAAGCAUUCGGAAAAAAGAAGAGAGUCAAGUUACUAAUAUAACUCACAAUGCUUAUUUUGAAGACGAACCUGUUGAUUUGGUGGCUGGUAUCAUGAUCCAACAUUUGUAUAAGGAAUUCACAUUACAAAAUACGACUGUACUAGCAGUUCAAGACUUGACUUUGAAUAUGUAUGAAGGACAAAUCACCGUUCUUCUAGGACACAAUGGGGCAGGAAAGACUACUACCUUAUCUAUUCUCACAGGUUUCUAUCGUCCUACAAGUGGAAAGGUAUAUAUUAAUGGCUAUGAUAUUUCCAAAGACAUGCUUCAAGUCAGGAAAAGCUUGGGCUUGUGCCCCCAGGAUGACAUAUUGUUUUCAGACUUGACAGUAUCAGAACAUCUCUAUUUCUACUGUGUGAUAAAAGGAGUACCUCCAGAGAUACGCCUCAAAGAAGUUAACACGAUGCUGACUUCUUUUGGCCUGCUAGAAAAGCGUGAUGCUCUUUCAAAGUCACUAAGUGGAGGAAUGAAACGCAAACUCUCCAUCAUCAUAGCACUCAUAGGAGGCUCCAAGGUGGUGAUACUUGAUGAGCCAACAUCUGGCAUGGACCCAGUCUCAAGGAGAUUCACCUGGGAUGUCCUUCAGCAGCAUAAACAAAAUCGUACCAUCUUGCUGACAACCCACCACAUGGAUGAAGCUGACUUCCUGGGCGACCGUAUAGCUAUCAUGGCAAAGGGAUACCUGAAAUGCUGUGGCUCUUCAAUUUUCCUGAAAAAAACUUAUGGUGUUGGAUACCACAUAAUUAUGGUCAAGGAACCUCAUUGCCAUGUUAAGGAAAUUACCCAACUGAUUCAUCAUCAUGUACCAGAAGCCAUAUUGGAGAACAAUGUUGCAGCCGAAUUAUCAUUUAUCCUACCCAAAGAGUAUACACACAGGUUUAAAGACCUAUUUGCUGAUCUGGAAGACAGACGGGAAGAGCUGGGCAUUGCUAGUUUUGGUAUAUCUAUCACUACCUUGGAAGAAGUUUUCUUUAGGGUCAGUAGAGAAGAAAAUCUAGCUUCCCAGACCCUAAAAGCCAAAGAUGAAAGAGAAGACAUGAACAAGAAUAUGAACGCACCCAGAAAUUUUGAGAGAUCAUAUUCUUCCUCACUCUCGAGUGAACGCUCUAAUAUUAAAUUUAAUACUGGGUGGACUCUUCACUGUCAGCAGUUCUCUGCCAUGUUCAUAAAGAGAGCAAUGUUCUAUUGGCGCAACUGGAAAAUAAUGUUGCUGCAAAUACUAGGACUUCUGGGUAUUGUUUAUUUGUUGAUGAAAGGUGUGCAGAUUAUAAUAAAAGGUGCAGAACCUGGCAGAGAAAUGGAUUUGGACCAAUAUGGUCAGACAAUUGUGCCCUUCUCAACUUCUGGAAAUAAUGAUUUUACUCAGAAUUUAACAAAAAAUCUUGAGAUCUUGCUAAGGGCUAAGAAACAAAAACUUCAUAAAGUAAAAGGUAAGUCUCUCUUUUUUUAUUUUUUAAAUGAUUUUUAUUUUUUCCAUCAUAGUUGGAUGGAACAUUAUAGUGUUCUGUCAUGUAAUAAGUCUGUCUUAUUACAAGACCGAUCAUUUCCUUCUAGGUACUUGGUUUGUAUUUCCUUCAGCUACUGUCUGUUCAACAGUGUUAUUUUCGCCAUUGGUCAGUAUUGUUUUCUCAUUCCAGGUCGUAUGGAUGCAUAUUUGGCCAAUAAUUCAGAAUGUAUUUAUUCAUGCAUUAUUGCAUUUUCCAUUGAGGUUAAUGGAAACCAAAAGAGAGUUACCUUCUGGUUCAACAAUGAGGCAUACCAUUCAUCAUCGUUAUCACUGGCUAUAUUAGACAAUAUUAUGUUUAUGUCACUUUCUGGCCCUGAUGCUUCCAUUACAGUCACCAACAAACCUCAGCCUAAAUAUGGUACUUCUGGUAAAUCUGAUAAAAUACAAAUGUCAGGACUAAAUGUAGCCUUAAAUUUGUUUUUUGGUAUGAGUAUUUUCAUCAGUGGCUUUUGUCUCCUGACAGUGACUGAGAGAGUCACUAAGGCAAAGCACAUUCAGUUUUUGAGUGGGGUUUAUGCCAUUAAUUUCUGGCUCUCCGCUCUAGUGUGGGACUUCUUCAUCUUCUUCAUUUCCUGCUGCUUACUGCUGGUGGUGUUUCUGUACUCUGGAUCGGAAGUACUGGUCACGGAUUACCACUUUCUGGACACAUUGUUCAUCCUCAUGCUGUUUGGCUGGUCUGUCAUUCCCUUCAUGUACCUGAUAAGUUUCCUGUUUUCUAGUCAUACCAGUGCCUACAUCAAGCUCGUCAUAUUUAACUACUGUGCAGGGGUUUUUGGUAUACAUGCUAAUGUUAUCGUCUUUUUAAUCAUAGACAAGGAGUCUGCUUCUAAAAGCCACAUGCUUAAUUCAAUGAUGUUGUUACCCAUACAUAAUUUGGGGAUGAGCAUCAGCAGAUAUUAUGAUUUCCAGCAGACAAAAGCAACAUGCGCCUCAAAGAAAAACGUUCCUAUCUUCAUGAAUUGUAGUGAAGAAGCAAUGAAGCGCAGUGUAUAUGGUUUGGAAGCAGAUGCAAUUGGAAGAUUUUUAAUUGCAAUGGCUGUCACAGGACUUAUUUUCUUCCUCUUGAUUUUCCUUCUGGAGACCACCUCAUGGACCAUGAGAACGUUUGUGUUUCGCUCUAUUUUCUUUGGUAUCUACAAGAAAUUUAAUAAAGAAAGAGUGUCCAUGGAAUUAUCUGUAGAAUCUGAAGAUGAAGACGUACAAAAUGAACGAAAUAGAAUCCUGGAGUAUCCUCAGGAGUCACUGAAUUCUACAGUGCUUAUUAAGGAACUUGCAAAGAUAUAUUUUGCAAUGCCAGCCGUUUUUGCUGUGAGAAAUAUCUCUGUUGCAAUCAAAAAAGAGGAAUGCUUUGGGUUGCUUGGAUUAAAUGGAGCUGGGAAAACUACUUCCUUCCAAAUUUUGACUGGAGAGGAGGUUGCUACCUCUGGGGAUGUGUUCAUUGAGCACUUGAGCAUCACGAAAAAUGUCCUAAAGGUCAGAUCAAAAAUUGGCUAUUGCCCACAAUUUGACGCCUUGCUGGAUUACAUGACUGCUCGGGAAAUAAUGACUAUGUAUGCCAGGUUAUGGGGGAUUCCUGAGAAGCAGAUUAACCAUUAUGUAAAUAAGUCAAUACAAUCACUGAAUCUGGAGCCAUAUGCUGACAAGUUUAUCUAUACUUACAGUGGAGGAAACAAACGUAGACUGAGUACUGCUAUUGCCCUAAUGGGAAAGCCCUCCGUCAUCUUCCUGGACGAGCCAUCAACUGGUAUGGACCCAGUAGCCCGGCGCCUGCUCUGGAACACAGUGACACAGACCCGUGAAAGUGGCAAAGUCAUCAUCAUAACAUCUCACAGUAUGGAAGAAUGUGACGCUCUUUGUACUAGGCUGGCCAUCAUGGUAAAGGGAAAGUUUGUGUGCCUGGGCAGCCCUCAGCAUCUCAAGAACAAAUUUGGCAAUGUUUACAUCCUAAAAGCCAAGAUCAAGAUUGAUAAGGAUGAGAACAAAUUAAAGGAUUUUAAAGAUUUUAUGGCAACAACCUUCCCAGAUGUUUGGUAUUUUGGAGGAAGCUAAAGAAGAAUUUCAUUUAGAAGACUAUUCCAUCAGUCAAAUAACGCUGGAACAAGUUUUCCUGACCUUUGCUAACCCAGAGAACACAGAAGCUCAUGGUUGAAAAAAAAAAAAAGGUGCCUUGACACUGACUUGCAACUCUUGACCCUGUGUCUUCUUUAGACUACUCUCUACUAUCCCCGGAUACAGAGAGAGGCAUUCCUAAGGGUAUAUAUCUUGGUGUAAAUAUAUUUACUUAAUAAAGAGUCCCCCAAAGGAGACCUUAUGUCCCUUCUUUCUGGACUUACAUGAGUGGACUGUAUACUCAGCAUGUACGAAUCUAAAGACAUUUGGUGAAAUUUCUGUUUUCGAUCCUAGAAAUAUGAAAGCGUAGCAAUUAUUAGGGUGAGGACAAGGACCUUUUCCCAAGUAUUCUGUAUAUCUGAAAACAUUCAGAAAUGAUGAAGCUGUCAGA